AUGAUUUCCGAUGUCAAAUUGUCAAUAGCAACGGAUUUGCAACUAGACUUUCGCGAUAUAUUGAAUUACGGAUUAUUUCUUCCUCCAGCAAACGAGACUCCAUUAACAGUCGCUGUUCAACUUCCCAAGCCCAAGUCUGUCAUCAUGGUCUUGGUCGCUGGUGGCGCACAUUUAGAUUAUCGUGCUGCUGACAGCUCUACACCUCUCCACAAGGCUGCAAUUGGGGGAAAUUAUGAAGCCAUCAAAGUGCUUCUGGAUUUGGGACAGUCGCCAAACACCAGGGACUCCAAAGGUCUUACACCGCUUUAUCAGUGUAUGCUCAAUGAUACGUCGGCGAUGUGUGCGGAACGGCUCCUCUUCGACCAUUCGACAAUCGGGGUUACAGACGGAGCUGGAAUGGAGGAAAUUCAUCAGGCUUGUCGAUUUGGCCGAGUGCAGCACCUAGAACAGUUGAUCGCGUAUGGAGCAAAUAUCAACAGUCAGACGACGUUCAACGGCAACACGCCACUUCACUUCUGUGCCUACAAUGGACAGGAGUCCUGUGCGCGUCUUCUCCUCUUUCGAGGCGCCAACCGGACAUUGAAGAACCGUGCCGGUCACACUGCCCACCAGGAGGCCGUUCUGGCCAAUCACGUCACCACGGCCACUCUUAUUCGUGACUUUCAGAGCAAGGAUGUUGUUCCUCUACGGGGCAGUCCCAAGUACAACGAGAAGCGGCGCCAGGCAAGUCAAAUACGUCCGUUGGGCGAGCGGUGUUCCAGUCUCGGUCGUCUGACUGAGAACUUCAACAGCACCGAGGUACUCUCCCCGCCCCCUAUCCUGGCAAAAUCGCCCUUUCCUGAGAUCACCUUGAAGUCACCCAAUGAUGCUACAAUGGGACACAUGUCGGCAAGCUCCAGUGGAUACUCGCUUUGCAACGAGCGGAGCUGUGAGCUUGGUUACUUUUUGCGUAUCUAA